CAGUGCACCUUGCAUUUAAUCCAACAGAGAAACAUCCAAGGGGCGCCGCCUUACGUAACAAAUGCACAGCAUGUUUUGAUGGUUAUUCAGGAAGACGUAAAUAAUAAAGAAUGAAACUCUCCAAUGCCAAGGUGAUAUUAUAUAAUCUGGUGUUAGUUUACAAAUACAUGUUGAGGAAAAAGUCAAAAUAGAACUUGUUCUCUUUCUUUCUCCAUUGGGAGUAUUUCGAUUCAUAGUGUCCUGAUUUCCUUAUCCAUUUGUAUAAAAGGCCUUGUGUAUUUGCUACAUGGUCAUUCACACCGUUUAUUCUACUGUGGAUAGACGUAACUGUGAAGAUGCAGCUCUAUAAAAUUGCACUCGUUGUGGCCUUGGUGUUCACAGCCUUCUUUGGCUCUGCCUAUGGUGGCCACGGAGGGGGUGGCGGCAAAGGAGGCGGAGGAGGACAUGGAGGCGGUGGAAAAGGAGGUGGUGGCAAAGGAGGCGGUGGCAAAGGAGGCGGUGGCAAAGGAGGCGGUGGCAAAGGAGGUGGUGGCAAAGGAGGCGGUGGCAAAGGAGGUGGCGGCCACGGAGGAGGUGGCGGAAAAGGAGGCGGUGGCAAAGGGGGUGGCGGCCACGGAGGAGGCGGCAAAGGUGGUGGGGGUCAUGGUGGCGGCGGACAUGGAGGUGGCGGCCACGGAGGUGGUCAUGGUGGCGGCGGCGGCGGCCACGGUGGUGGUGGCCACGGAGGUGGUCACGGUGGCGGCGGCCAUGGAGGAGGUGGCCAUGGAGGCGGUGGCCACCAUGGUUAAACUCAACAGGCUCUUCACAUUUCUAUCAAAUGCUGGACAUUUGAUGCCAUCGUUGCCAUAGAAUCGUUGACUACACCACACUAUACAAUGUCAACUUUGAGAAACGACUUCAAAUAAAACCAUGAAAUGAA